CGGCGGAGGAAGUGUCUCUCCUCUUCAACCAUGGAUAUCAUAUUGUCUCCAAGCUAAUGGAAGAAAGGGGUUGCAGUUUGACUGGGUAUCUCAGCAGUUACGAGGACUAAUGCGCCGGAUGAGUUGAAAAUGGCGCACAGAGCUGCACACUCAAGGUCAGGCUCAGGAUGGGGCCGCCAGAGACAGCUGAAGCAGCCGUCAGAUCCUUUGGAACAGGCCGGAUUUGUAUCCAAAGGAGACAGUUCACUUCUUGACGUCAAGGCCCAGGAAUCAUACUUUAGACUCAUUAUGGAUCGGUAUGCUCAGUUCUGCAGGGACAACUCCGGUAACCUAGAUGCAGCUUUCGCAUCUCUGCCUAGAAACCCUUCGGAUGACGCGACCAAAAAUCCACCUGCAAAUUUUCAGAAGACGGAUUCAAAAAAGCAGGCCACUCAACCCAUUCUACGAGCAGCCAAAGAGCUCUCAACCAUCCUAGUUUCCCUUCGAAAACUGAGAGAGGCUAUCCUGGCUACAGCUUCAAAAACACCAGUUCCUUUCUCUCAAGAUGUACAUGUAUUUUGCGUUCGGACCGCUCUCCUUGCGGCACAUCCACCUUCUUACUACCCUCCAUUGGAGCGGUUGUUGAAACAACUUCAUACGCCGGUGAACCCCCUCGGUACCUCAGCUUCGAACGAGUUCGUAACUUAUCUCAUCCUCGAUUAUGCUUGUCGCCAAGGCGAUCUUGCUGCUGCUUUCCAAUUACGCGAAAGGGCAAAAGUAAAACUCGCAUACCAGCACGACUUGGUGGACUGUGUCCUUUCCGCUCUGACACAUGAUAACUGGGUCAUGUUCUGGAGAGCCAGAGAGGAUGGGGAUGGCUAUGUCAGGUCGCUGAUGGAUUGGGCAGCGGAUAGCAUGCAGCUUCGUGCUCUCAAGGCCCUUGGAAGGUCGUACCUUACGGUAGAGAUAGGCUUUUUAGUUGAAUCUUGCACCGGCCGAAAGGAUGGCUGUACAUGGGAAGAGCUGGCGCAGAAAUAUAAUCUCGGUUGGAAGAAAGAAGGCGAUAGAGUGAUCAUAAGGGCUAGAAAACAGGCUACUGGUAAUGCGAAGCCGAUCGCAACUUGAGAGUGGAAAUUGUGCAAUCAUGAGUAGGCGUUCCCUCGGCGCAUUUAAGGUCCAAAGCUAUCCCCAGUUCUGCAGGAACACGCAACAACGGGGUUUUGGAGUAUGGUGUCGCAAUAAUGUCAAUUCGUUAGAUCGUUGGUGGCUGGGGAUCGUUCAAU